UGCCGUUAACGGGCCGGUCGCGUGCUCCGUGGUUUGCCGCUGCAGCACCGAUAAGCUUGACUGAGUCAGCGCUGGGAAGUUCGGCGGAGAGGAACAGGUACACAACUGGGGAUGUCUCAACAGCAGAAGGCCGUGGAGCGUGCCAGGAAGGCCUUCCGUACCGGCCGCACCAAACCGCUAGAGUACCGCAUCACCCAGCUCAAGAACCUCCAGCGCCUUUUUGUGGAGAGGCAGAAGGAAAUCGCAGAUGCUCUCAAGAAGGAUCUCAACAAGAGUGAGUUUGGCACCCCGCUGUAUGAGACGCUGGGUCUGGAGGGAGAGAUCAACAUGGCUAUCAGCAAGCUAGCUGAGUGGGCCGCUCCAAGGCCGGUGACCAAAAACCUGCUGACCAUUUCAGAUCAGGUGUACGUUCACCCCGAGCCACUGGGAGUGGUGCUCAUAAUUGGGGCCUGGAACUACCCCUGGGCCGUCACCAUCCAACCGCUGAUCGGAGCCAUCGCUGCAGGCAAUGCUGUUGUUAUUAAGCCAUCAGAAGUGUGUGUUCAUACUUCCAAAACGAUGGAGGAUCUUCUGCCAUUGUACAUCGACAAGGAGAUGUACCCGGUGGUUACUGGUGGAGUCCCAGAGACUCAGGAGCUGCUGAAGCAGAGAUUCGAUCACAUCUUCUACACCGGGAACUGCAUGGUUGGCAAAGUGAUCAUGGAGGCAGCUGCUAAAUACUUAACCCCUGUUACUCUGGAGCUAGGUGGAAAGAGCCCUUGCUACAUCGACAAGAGCUGCGAUCUCACCAUUGCCUGUCGACGUAUUGCUUGGGGAAAGUUCACAAACUGUGGUCAGACGUGCAUCGCACCAGAUUACAUCCUCUGUGACCCGAGCAUCCAGGACAGAGUAAUAGAAGAGAUAAAGAGGAACGUGAAGGAAUUUUACACAGAAGAUCCCAAAACCUGCCCGGACUACGGACGCAUCAUUAACAAGCGCCAUUUCAAGAGAGUGAUGGCGUUGAUGGAGGACAGCACGGUGGCUACAGGAGGAGAAAAUGAUGAGUCUGAGUGCUAUAUUGCUCCGACAGUCUUAAGAGACGUGAAGCCCGAGGCAAAGGUCAUGCAAGAAGAGAUCUUUGGACCUCUUCUGCCUAUCCUGAGUGUUGGCAGUGUGGAUGAGGCCAUCGACUUUAUCAACCAGAGAGAGAAACCUCUGGCCCUCUACGUCUUCAGCUCGGACAAGAAGCUGAUCAAACGUAUGAUCUCGGAGACUUCCAGCGGAGGCGUUUUGGCCAACGACUGCUUGGUCCACUUCUCAGUCAGCUCUCUGCCUUUUGGUGGCGUUGGCAACAGUGGGAUGGGCUGCUACCACGGCAAGUUUACCUUUGACCAGCUAAGUCACCUGCGAGGCUGCCUCGUUAAGCAGUUGAAGAUGGAAGGAGUGAACAACAUGCGCUACCCGCCGCACACGGCGAAGAAACUGGACUGGGCUCGCUUCUUCAUCCUCAGACAGGUGGAGAUGGGCAAGCUGGCUCGCAUUGCUCUAAUUGGCGUGCUGGUCGUCGCCGCUGCCGUGAUGAUUCAGAGAUUCCUUGCUGACUGAGAGCGUAAAGCUAAUGCGUUCUGAGGAAAGCAACCAAUCAGGAUAGUCACUUGUCCCGGCCACUCCUCUUCCCUGCCUUAAUCUGAACAUAGCUUUUAAAUCACUUCUUAUAACAGUGCUGCAUCUAAUGAAGGAUCCAAAUUCGGUGCACGCCGAUUAAAUAUAUAACGUAACAUAAAUAUAGUUUUUAUUCUGUUUUGAAUCAGGACGAUUUUAAUGAAGGAAAAGAAAUCAUUUCACAGUUACUUACUAUGUCGCAUCAUAAGUGUGGUAGCACUAUAUUCGAAGGCUUUCUAACAUUUCAUAAGCGUUGCAUUGUGUCCUUUAUAUACAUGAAAAAGAGAAGAGGAGACAUCUGUAAAUCAUCGUUAUCGCUCGACGGUUCGAAAUCGAUACUGCGAUUUCUUUUCCCUUUUAAGCCUUAAGUUAUUAGCUUUGUCUUUACCAACGGCGCACUCAGGACACUGUGAUAACGUCCUAGAAAGUAUACAUAGUGCUUUGUGUAACUGUGAUAAACGCAGACUGAUUACCACUUUAGUCUGAGGGCUUUUAAAAACGGUUCGUGUGAGCUUUGUAAAUACGUGAAGUGGUGCUUCGUAAUAGUUUUGAUUGCAAGCAGACCAGCAGCAUAUAAUUACAUAGGCAUGAUAUAAUAUCCAAAAGGUCAGUGGAUGCUUCAUAGAAGACUUCAGAUGAGACACCUUGAUUUUUCACGCACCUGCAGUUAGUAAAGACAAAGUAAUAUAACUUUCAAGGUCAGAGGAAGCAAAAAUGAGCCGUUUUUUUCCGUUUCUUACUCUACUAUCAGUCACAGAAUCACUAGCCAAUCGGGUAUGCCUGUGAGCACGUGUAUGCGGAAGAGGGCAGAUAGCUACCUGGUUAGUAGCUGUUGUAUGAUACUGGAGCGCUGGCUGGUGGGCGGGACUUGGCAGGCGACCAAAACAGGGGGGGAGCGAGAGUUCUUCUCUCUUUUCUUUUUCAUGUAAAGCCUUACGUGAUCAUCAAGUGACAUUUCUUUAAAAUAAAAUAAAAUAUGUAUGCGUUGUUUCGGAACGUGUAAUUAAGGCCCGGUGUAAAUACCUUUCAGAUAAAGUGUUGAAGUUUAUAACACUGUGUAAAAUCUACAUUUUAUAAUGGGGGUAAAAUUGUGCUUUACCUUCAAAAAUAGUCAAACGGCAGCAAAUUUUUCUGCUUGGAAUUCUGAAAAGUUUUACUAAAAGAUUUCCGUGAAUGUACCUCAGAGCCAGUAUGUGUAACUGCACAUGUGAAUGUACUCGACUUUUAUAACCCGGUUAGAGUUAAUAUAUUAACUAUCAGGCCUUUGAUGAAGUAAAUUAGGUGUGUUGAAGCAGCGUACUCUGGUCCUUGAGGACUGGAACCGACUGACGAUGAAGACGCGACGUCAUCAUUUGGAAUAACUACAAUCAUUUCAAUCACGAUUGAUUUCUCUCCAGUGAGGGGUCAUUACUGGGUGGAAAUGCAUUGUUAUUUUUGAAGUAUUUCUUUAUAUCUCUUUGGUCUGUCAUUUCAUUUUUAAAUGUUUUUUUUUUUUUUCAAAUUUAAUAUCUCUGUUGGAUAUUAAUUGGAUUAAUAAGUGGGUUUUAUGAAGUCCUUUUCUUACCUGUAAAAUAAAAUAAUUUUUACAGAGA